AUGGAUGGCCUGGAUGGCGGCUGGUCAGGGCCCAGGCCGCUUCUGCAGGCAGCAGCUGCAGAUAACUCGAGUUGGCCAGGCGGUGCAGGGCUCGUUGUGUCUCCACGCACCAAGCUGGUCCUGGAGAUCUUGAUGGUGCUGAUGUGUCUGGGCGCUGUGACUGGUAAUAUACUUGUCAUUGUUAUUGUUGCCACAACCAAGACUUUCCACUCGGUGACAUCAGUGCUGAUCAUGAACCUGGCGAUCAGUGACCUCCUGGUUGGCGUUGGAGUAAUGCCAUUUGUUGCUUUGUCCAUCAUGAACCGUGGAUGGGUGGACUGUACUGACCUCUGUUUGUACGUGGGUUACACCUCCUCUGUGUACUGUACAGCCUCUGUACUGACACUGGCUGCUAUUGCCCUCGAUCGCUACCACUCCAUCAUGGACUGCCUGCGCUACAGCUCCCGCUGCACCCUGUGGAGGACUUGUGCUGUGGUCCUGUGGAUCUGGCUUCAGGCACUGGCCACCAGCUGCCCUCCCCUGCUUGGCUGGAGCUCUGUCAGUUAUGUGGUUCCGAUGUACAGCUGUGCAGUCAACUGGGCCAGCAGUCCCAGCUACACAGCUUUCAUGGCUGUCCUCUCCUAUGCCAUGCCAGCUGUGGUCAUCCUCUUCUGCUACGUUAACAUUGUCAAGGUGGCCCGCAAUCAUGCCAGAAGGAUUCAUACUUUGGAGGACUCUGUCCAACGCAGCAGGAAUCCAAGAUCUGCCUUCCCUCCUGGUGAUUCAUCUCAACAGCACUGUGGGAGCCUUCACAUCCCCUCUACACUGAUCAGUCAUGUAAGUGGACAGUUUGUUUCUGAGGUCAGUAGUGAGGAAAGAAAUUAUCACAACCCUGCUCUCCCUGAUUCUACUAUAGAACAGAGUAACCCUUCAUCCAGGCGUCUGUUCUCCUUCCUGGCUCAGAGCACCUCCCAGCCGCCCCUGCAGAACUCCCAGCAGCACCACAGUCACCAUGGAGUGGUGCGUCUCUUUCUGGUCAUCUCAGCCUUCUUCCUGUGCUGGACACCUUACAUAGGAGUUGCUCUGGUUCAAGCCACAGAAACUGCUAUCUUAGGCCAAUCCAGCCUUGUUCCGCCCUCUGCUGUUACCUUCUCCUAUUGGCUGGUGUUGCUGAACUCUGACAUCAAUCCUCUGCUCUACGCCUUGCUUAGUAAGCGUUUCCAAAAUGCUCUACAGGUACUGAGGCAAAAAAUGAGAGCCCACUUUGGUAGUGUGGUUGGCAGGGGAGGGGAUGUCAGAGCGGAGGCUGAUGAUGGCCGGACCAGCGACCCCUGCACUCUGAUCACCACCCAUCGGUGUCCAUCCUCCAGCUCUGAGAGUUCAACAUGUGAUGACUCCAAGUAUUGCUCCACAGUUUUCACUGUUAGCAGGGACUUUAAACGUCAUUCUGAACAUCUGUGUAAAGUGUGUCAUCCAGAAAGUACCACCGCAUCCCACAUAUGGCAAGACUCUAGUGGUGACAGGAGGGUGAACUGCCUGCAGGUCCCCUCUAGGCUACAGGAGGGCAGCAGACUACCUUUCUCUGCUCUGACCAAGGAGCGACAGGCUACUUUCUUCUAUGGACAGAUUACAGUGAGAGUGGAGCAUGAUGUUUGUUAG